AUGGCUCAGCGCCUGCAGCGCACUACUCCUGCUGGACUGGAGCCCGAACCACUCAUAUCACAGGAUCCAUCUCUGUCAACAACCGAUCUGGUCACCCCAGAGGGUAACGAUGACGAGCUACCUCCUCCAGCAUACGGCGACAUCUAUGGCGAGAUUAGGAGCGAGAAGAAUGGCAUGGGUACCAUGGCCCAUGUAACCGACGAUGGCCGGGUGAAUAUUCGUGUCAACCAGUUAAACCGCCGUCUAUCUCAGGUGUUCACUCCUGCUCUACGCCAACAGCUGAAAGUCGACCUUGAUAGCCCGGCUCCAGCGCCAUAUAUCCAUCCAUCUCUAGGAGGUUUGGAAGGCAUCCCACCACCUCCUCCACUUAACAUAGUCAUCCAAGUCGUAGGCUCACGUGGAGAUGUCCAGCCCUUCAUUGCGCUUGGCAAGGUCUUGAAGAACACCUACGGCCACCGAGUACGUCUUGCAACUCAUCCAACGUUCAAAAAGUUCGUGGAGGAGCACGAUCUGGAGUUCUUCAGCAUCGGUGGCGACCCUUCACAACUAAUGGCUUUCAUGGUCAAGAACCCUGGACUAAUGCCGGGCUUCAAGACCAUGGCAAGCGGUGACGUUGGACGGCGAAGACGAGACAUAGCAGAGUACAUCCAAGGCUGCUGGCGAUCGUGCUACAAAGCUGGCAAUGAACUAGGAGAGUCCCAAGACAAUGAUGACUCCGCCACAACUCAAGCACGACCAUUCGUGGCCGACUGCAUCAUCGCUAAUCCGCCGAGCUUCGCACACAUCCAUUGCGCAGAGAAGCUCGGCAUCCCGCUACACAUCAUGUUCACAAUGCCGUACUCUCCGACCCAAGCAUUUUCUCACCCUCUUGCCAACAUCCAGUCUUCGAAUGCCGAUCCCCAGAUGGUGAAUUACAUAAGCUACGCCAUGAUCGAACUCCUCUCCUGGCAAGGUCUCGGCGAUAUCAUCAAUCGAUUUCGGAUCAGGUGUCUCGGGCUAGAGCCUGUUAGCAUGGUAUGGGGUCCCGGGAUGCUCCAGCGCCUAAGGAUACCUCAUACUUAUUGCUGGUCUCCGGCUCUCAUACCAAAGCCUACAGACUGGGGCUCUCAUAUCACCAUCUCGGGGUUCUUCAAUUUGACUGCCCCUUCAUAUACUCCCCCACCUGAUCUCCAAGCCUUUCUUGAUGCAGGUCCAGCACCUGUGUACAUUGGAUUCGGAAGCAUUGUACUAGAUGAUGCUAAAGCAAUGACGAACAUCAUCCUCGAGGCCAUCAAGAGUUCUGGUCAACGGCUUCUGCUUUCGCGUGGCUGGAGUGGUUUAGGUGGCGACCAUGUUUCUAGCAACGUCUUCAUGGUGGAUGACGUACCACAUGACUGGCUGUUCAAGCACGUUUCGUGCGUAGUACACCAUGGUGGCGCAGGAACUACUGCCGCUGGUAUUACAGCAGGCCGUCCGACAAUAGUCGUGCCUUUUUUCGGAGACCAGCCAUUCUGGGGUUCGAUGGUCGCGCGGGCAGGAGCUGGCCCGGAACCAAUCCCACACAGAAGGCUGACAUCACGAAACCUAGCUGAUGCCAUCAAUUUCUGCCUGCAGCCAGAAACGUUAGAGCGUGCCAAAUCGAUGGCCAACAAUAUCGCGACAGAGCGAGGAAGUGAGAUUGGCGCCCAGUCUUUCCAUCAGUAUUUGGAAGUCGACCGCAUCCGCUGUACCCUUGCGCCAUUACGAGCAGCUGCGUGGCGCAUCAGACGUACCAACAUGAGACUAAGCGCUUUCGCCGCAUGCACACUGGCUAAUGCCGGACUUCUGGACUUUCGGGACCUAAAGCUUUUCCGUGCGCAAGAAUAUACCACGGACGAAGGACCCUGGGAUCCGGUAUCUGGAGGCUUCACUGCCGCAACUUCAGCAUUCGCGUCGAUGUUUAUGGGCCUCAUGGAGACUCCUACGGAGACAUACAAAGCUGUGCGACAGCCAAGUCGUACGAGCCGCGCACCGUCGCAGGAGUCAGUACAACCCCCUACUUCUGGCUCAAGCCAGGACGCCAUGACGCAUUCCCCGGUAUCUCCGGCUCAGUCAAGCCUGGAUGCUCACAGUUCUUUUCAACGCCUUGAGAGUCAGCGCAGUCUCUCUAAGUCCUCGGUCUUGUCUGAUGAGACCGUUAGUACGAGAUCAAAGAACCUCGGAUCAAGCGAAUCAAGCUCAAGUCAACCUGUGAAGCAAGAAAAGUCAAGCGUAGGUAAGGAAUACGAUAUGCUAAGCAAAGGCACUCCCCAUGGCAGCAAAGGUGCUGGUCGUUUCGCAAAAGCUCUCUUGCUAUCACCCAUGGACCUCUCGGUCAGUAUAACCAAAGGCUUCCACAACGCGCCGAAGAUGUUGGGCGAUACUGUGCGUCCACAAUACCGGGUAUACGACCUUAAGUCCGGCGGCCAAGCUGCCAUGAAAGAAUUUGGCUACGGAUGGUACGAUGGAGUGACUGGUAUGGUGACUCAACCAUGGCAAGGCGCUAAGAAGGAAGGCGCUCUUGGCUUCGCUAAGGGCGUAGGUAGAGGAGUGGGUGGGAUCAUCGCUAAGCCAGGCGCUGGCAUGCUCGGUCUGCUCGGACACACGAUGAAAGGUAUCCAGAAGGAGGUCCAAAAACAAUUCGGUAGUAAUGCGCACAAUUACAUCAUCGCUUCCAGAACCACUCAAGGAUAUGAAGAAUGGAUACAAAGCUCCGACGAUGAAAAGGAAGAUGUCAUCGAGCGAUGGAAGUUGAUACAGAAAUAUCUGAAAAAAGGCCGCCGGCACGAAGAGCAUAUGCGAGAUAUCCUGGAAGUCCACCAAAGCCAAGGCAAAAAAGGCAAAGAGUCUCGUCAGGGUAGCGAACGUACUUCAAGUUUUGCACCGACCACUAGCUCAGAGACAUCAACAAGCGAUGGUCAGGGCGUUAUAGUUGAGAUAGAUAGCCGGCGGUCCUCCAACCAGUCGCUGGCUGCCGCGGAGAUCAAUGAGACCAUACGAAGACUGGUCCCGAAUACGACACCUUCUAGUACGCCCGAGAAAUCUAUCACAGAGCUUGAGUCUCACCCGGACGCACCUCGGACAGCACGCCGAAGGCCAGUCCCUGCAAAAAAAUCUACAGGUCUUCAAUCUCCCGACGGAUACGAACCUGAGCCAUUGGGCGGAAGCCAAGACAGCCCGCUUCACGAGUUGGAGGCUUCGCAGCACACUACAGCUAGCGUUGACACAGCUCAAGGCUCCCCAGUAGUAAGCGUUCAGGCUAUGCAAUCUUCACAGCAAAGUCAGCGGACAACUGAACAAAGAGUAAGCGAUAGCGAUUGGGACUCAAACUCAGACAUGGCGCUUAACGAUCAGGAAGACGACGAAUUCGAUCAAGCAGUAAGGAGAUCGGAGAAGGUCACGGAGAGCAUAGGAGCGCCAGAUGCAUUAUCAGCAAGCACUGGUCAAUUACCCGCGUACGAUCCAGGGCACCUUGAAGGCAUGACGCAGACAGAGUUCGAGGCGAGACAACGAGCAAGGCCGGCAGAGAAGACAGCCCAGGAGCGGACGGAAGAGGAGAUCGUGCUUGAGUAUAUAAAGAAACAGAGUCUGCUUGAGCUGCAGCAUCGGAGCAAGACCGUCGCCGGACCGAUCAGGAACGAGGACGACGAGGAUCUCCAGGAAGCGUUGACACUGAGCAUGCGAGGGCAUGGUCAUGACGCUGAGUAG